UCUCCCUUAUUUGACUCCGGAUAUUAUUAUUUAGUUGUUUUUCUUUGACACACGUGUUUUUGUUUUUUCAUUGAAAAAUGUCAGACCUAGAUUCUUCCGAUUCAGAGAGUGUGGAUUCUGAUACUCAGUUGCAAUUAGACUUCAGUUCUGGUAAACUGAAACCUGGACUCAAUGUAGCUCUGCCAGCCAGUAUAGAAAAACAUUAUAUCAACGAUGUGGCUGGAAUGAAGAGUAAACUAGAUGAAUUAAAGUCUAAAUUAGACUGGAUAGAAAGACUUGAUACUACCAGUGAACCAGCACCAGCUCAGCCUGGUACAGAGAUACAAGGGGGAGAUGAUAUACAUAAUGAUUUUAGGAGGGAAAUGUUGUUUUACAGACAAGCUCAAGCUACAGUGUUGUCAGCUAUUCCAAAACUCCACAAAAUGGGUAUAAAAACAAAAAGACCAGAAGAUUAUUUUGCACAGAUGGCUAAAACAGAUGACCAUAUGAAAAGGGUUAGGGAAAGAUUAUUACAUAAACAGUUGUCUAUAGAAAAAUCAGAAAAAGCAAAGAAAUUACGAGAACUCCGCAAAUAUGGCAAAAAGGUUCAACAAGAAGUACUAUUAAAACGACAGAAAGAUAAAAAAGAAAUGAUGGAGGCAGUAAAAAAAUAUAGAAAAGGUCAAAAAAACAAAUUAGACUUUUUGGAUGAUCUAGAAAAACCAGGAUCUACAAAAAAACAAGGAGGAAAACAGACAGAUAAAAAGGAAGUUAGGUCAAAUAAGAAAAGGGAAUAUAAAAAUAAAAAAUUUGGGUUUGGAGGCCAGAAAAAGAGAGGAAAACAAAACACUUCAGAUAGUGCAAGAGAUAUGUCAGAUUUUAACCCAAGAGUAAACCAGAAAAGACCAGGACAGAAAGUAAAAAAGACAUCACAAAGCAGACCUGGGAAGUCAAGAAGACAGAACAUAAAAAACAGGAAAAAAUGAGAAUGACAUUCCUGCCAUAAACAGUUUAAACUUGAUGUGACAUGUUAAAGCUAACAGUAGAAUACACAUAUACCAUUUAGAUUGUUGAGCAAAUCAUAUUGAAAAAUAAAAGUGACAUUUUUUAAUGCCUAACAGUACAAAAUCUUUAUGAGAAUAAAGAUUUAACAAGUAUUCUGGUACUUGUAUUUAAUAUUCAAAUAGACAAUUCUAUUGUAAUGACUUUUGCAUCAUUAUUAUUUUAUAUAUAUUUUCCAUGUUGUAAAUGAGAUACCGUAAACAUCACACAUGAAUUCAACAGUGGACUCAUAUGUUCAGUUUGAUCAAUAAACCAGUCAAAAUAUC